UAAUGGCAACCGCCGUGGCAGAGCCACCGUACACCCCGAUGAAUCUCGCGAAUCCAAAACCGUUAAGAGUUUGUUUCUCCUACGCCGCCUACGCGAAGAAUUUGAUUCACUACCUCACCUCAUCGAAUAUUCCGGUGGAUCCCGGCCUCUCCGACGCCGAGUUCUCCGCCGUCGAGUCGUCUUUUGGUUUCACAUUCCCGCCGGACCUCCGCUCCAUCCUCCAGGAAGGCCUGCCGGUGGGUCCGGGUUUCCCCAAUUGGCGAUCCUCCUCCAAACAACAGCUUGAGAUUCUCGCGAAUCUGCCGAUCCUUGGGAUUUGCAAGGAGGUUUCGAAGAAUGAAUUCUGGAUCGAUUCAUGGGGCGACCGGCCGGAGGAUGCAGACGGCGCGGCGAGAUUGGCCGGAAUUUUGUUGAAGGAGGCGCCGAUUCUCGUCCCGAUUUACAGGCGGUUCUACAUUUCGUCGGCGCCGUGCGUCGCCGGAAACCCGGUAUUCUACGUGCAUGGAGGGGACGUGAGGUUGUGGAGCUUCGACAUCUCCGGCUUCUUCCAGCGGAUCGAGUUCAGAAUGAGCGGCGGCGGCGGGGAGGUUUCGCGGAGGCAGACGUUGUCGAGUCUGUUCGCGGCGCCUGCAUGGGCGGCGACGGAGGCUCGGAGGAUCGAGUUCUGGACGGAUAUAGCGGAGAGAUCAGGGGGGAGUGAGGCGGCGCGUGGGUGGUGGAGUGGGGAAUUGGGUGGGUGUUUGGAGGAGGUGUGUUGGAGGUUGAGAGAUGGAGGGUGGAAGGAGGAGGACGUUAGGGAGAUGAUGAUGAUGGACGGCUGCGAUUAUAGUAAGAAUAAUAACAGUACGGCCGAACCACGCGAUAUCGACUGCGUGGAGAGGCGCGUGAAGGCACUCUCUAGCAGAUUAUUGCGUGCGGGAUGGAGCACGGAAGAUGUGGUGGAGUCGCUUGGAUCUCCGGACGAUUUUCAUCAUAACUGUAUUAUUGAUGGAGACUUUUGCUUUGACUUCCGUAUUACACCAACUUCUGAUGCUCAAAAUAGCCUCUCAUUUUUAACUCACUAAUUUGACUUUCCUUCAACAA